AGACUUCCCACUUCUUCCUACGUCCCAAUCUCUACUCAGCGUCGGCGAAUCCAUUCCCUGCAUUUGCGCCAUGGGUUUGUUCUGGGGCAGCUCGAACAAGGACGACCCCGUCAAAAAGCUUGACCCGGAUUUGCGGGAGUACCUUGAGCAUGAAGCCCCCAAGAAAUACGUGCCAGCUCCCCAGGAUGCCCCCCAGACGGUAGACACACAGGCUCAAGCCUCACAGCCGGGGCCCUCUGACAGCGCUGAGCCUUCCAAACCAGUCGUUCCCGCCGCUUCUCUGUUCCCUGAUGGCCGUUACGCGCACCUUUGGAAGACCUACAAACCACCCCAAGAUCAGGACGAAUCGCUUGCGCAGUCCGCAGAACGAGUGAUUGAGAAGUACAAGGAGCGUGGCAAUUCGGUGCACCGGGCUUCGAUGGAGAAUUGCGCCUUGGAGCAUGAGGCCUUGUCAUACUGCUUCAAGACAGGCAACUGGCAGAAACGAUUGGAGGCCCGUGUGACUCUGUGCUCUGAGGAAAACACUAAAUUCUCUCGCUGUUUUACCACCCAGGCUAAAUUUCUCCAGGCCUUAGGAUACGCCUCGUCCUUCAACUAUGACGAAGAGAAGGAGGAACGGAUUCAGAUGCACGCCGAUAAACUCUACCAUCAGAUGCUGGACUACGAAGAAAAGGUCAAGGAGGCCAAGAAAGCCGGACAGGAACCCCCGCCCCUCACCUCCCUUUUCAACCCUCAGGCAGCGCCGCAGCCAAACCCCGACACCACGCCCGAGGCCCUUGUAAUCCCUGGAGGUGAGAAGAUCCCAGAAAAUAUGAAGCCAUCCAAGCCGUUGGCCAAGCUUACUCCGCAUGAGCGAGAGCUGGAGAUCCGCGUACACCAUGCGCAGCUGGAGCAGCAGAAGCUGUAUGUGCAAGAGGCAACGCCUUUCAUGAAGACCCAGGACGAGGCCCGGCAGAAGCGACGCGAGAAAGCCGUCAGCUGGUUCGGGGAGACGAUUGGCCGGUGGGUUACAUAGAGCUUAUGCGCGGUGCUUCCGCCAUGGACUGGAUAUUUCUCUUCUCUUGUAUGAUUACCCGAUUUGUCCCCGAUAUGUGGGAGUUUGAUUUUGAAAGCGAGUCUGCGACAAUUGACGUUGGCGUUACGCAUGGACAUGCAGGAUUACGGACUGAAGGGGUCUUUUUGUUCAUUACCUUUUUUCUUUCUCUUUUCUUUCGAAGAACGACGCCAGGGAAGACAAACGAAG